AGGUAGGGCCCCAUGGCCUGACACUGCUAAUCUUGCCCACUUUUGUUGUGUAGUCCCUCUCUCGCCCCCCUUCCUUCCCUGUCUCUCGCCCGGCUCCCAGAGCCCGCCAUGAGUCCGCAGGCACUUUUGGAAUGCUUUUGCCUGCUUUGCUUUUCCUUCGUGAGAACAGCAAAAGGGGAUUUGCAGCCACUUUCUUUCCAGCCCAGGACACUGUAUCAGUACCACUACACCCUGGAUGUCCAGAUGGACCAUGUGGCCCCACCAUCCCCUGGGGGAGUCUGGCUGCGGGCUCAGGCGUCGGUCCACGUGCACCGGCUCUGGAGGGACCAAAGCGGGGAAGAGCUGCUCCAGGUGCAGAUCCGUGACCUGGAAGCCCAACACAAGCCAGACGAGGAGAGGAGCCAGGAUGGCCCUGGAGGUCCCCCUGCAGAGAUUGAACUGAGUCAGGAGGCAAAGGCAGAGCUCCUGAAGCCGGUGUUCAUCUCCUGGAACAGUGGGAAGGUCAAAGCUUUCUACGGGAAUGAAGCAGAAAGCAUCCUGAUCUCCAACUUGAAGCGAGGCAUCAUCAGUCUGCUCCAGCUGCAGCCCCACGCCGGCACCACGGUGGAGGAGGAUGCCUCUGGGAGCUGCCAAGUCACCUAUGCCGUGUCCAACCACUCCAUCACCAAGACCAAAGAUCUCCUCAGCUGCACAAAACCAAACUCUGGAUUCACCUCUGUAAACAAAGUUUUUGGAGUUGAGUGGCAGCCCAGCAGCAGAAGCCAGUAUGUGGUGAAAGACAACCUCCUCCAGUCGGCCCUGGCAGAGGAAAGCCAUGUGCUGGCUCCAGCCCUGAGGCCCAGCUCCAGCAUCAAGAUCAGUUCGAGGCAGCAGCUCCAGCUACUGUCUCCUCCAAUGCCUGGUCCAGCAGAGGUGUCUGGACAAAGCCUUGAGGAUGUGCUGGCUGGCACAGAGGGACGGCACCAGCCCCUGGGCAUGGCCAGCCUGCCCUUCAGGAGGGUCUGCACCAACUGCCCGUCGCUGAGAGCCCACCUGAAGGCUUUUGACAGAUGGGGAGUCAAAACAGACCCCUCGAAGGUGGCGACUGCCUGGCAGUUCCAGAGGUUCAUCCGGAUGCUGCGCAGUGCCAAGAAGAGAGAUGUUCUGGAGCUGCUGAGGAGAGUUCCUGAGGAGACACGCCCCUUCGUCGUGGAGGCAGCAGUGGCUGCACAGUCAACGGCUUCCUUGGCAGCUCUCUCAGAAUUCCUGGAUUUCAGCAAAGAGGAGCACAAGUCCCUCCUGGAGAAGUUUCUCUAUGCAGCAGCUUUCUCUCCCCGGCCUUCGGGAGAGCUUCUCUACCUGGUCUUAGACAAGCUGGAUGGGAAGCAACUGGCCCCUGAGAUCUGGGAGACAGGGAUAGUUGCCGUGGGCUCUCUGGUGGGCAAGCUGUGCCAGCAGAAGCUGUGUGGGCUGCAGGAGGUGGAGCGUGGGGUGGAAACCAUCCUCAGGGGGCUCAGAAGUGCCGAGGAGGACCCUGAGGUGGUCAUUUACCUGCUGGCCCUGGGGAAUGCGAUGCUCCCUGGAACCAUCCCCACCCUCCUGGAGCAUGCUGAGGAGGGUCCUGCUGCUGUCACCACCACGGCCAUCUCUGCACUGCGGCGAUUCCCCGCUCAGAACAUCUCCAGCAAGGUGAAACGAGCAAUGAGGAGGAUCUUCCACGAGAAGAGGAAGAGCUACGAAAAAACAUGUCGCCUGGCUGCUGCAGAAAUACUCCUGGAUAACCACCCCUCACCCAUGGAUGUCAUCAACAUCCUGCUGGCCACCCAGGAGAUGGAGACAGAGAUGGCAAAAUUGCUGCUGCUGAAGGUCCAGAACAGCCUGCAUGCCCACCACCACCCAGCAAGGAAGAUAAUGAAAGACAUCAUGGGAGUCCCGCAGAUAAAUAACUACCACUUCUUCUCGAAAGUUGGCACCUCCUCUUCUUUCUCAGGACCUCUGACAGUCACCCAGGACCUGCUUUCCACCUUCGGGCUGGACCUGCUGUUUUUGGAAGGAGGAUUCCUGAGGAAGAGCAUCUCUGAGUUCUCGCUGCUCAGCCACGGCCAGCGGCUCCGCGCGGCUCAGGUCACCAUUGAAGCACAAGGGAUGGAGUCGAUGAUGGGAGAGAACAUCUCGGAUGGGGAAGAGGAGCCGGAGCUCAUGGCCGGGAUGUCUGUCACCUUCUUCGAUGUUCAGCUGCGGCCGAUCAUCUUCUUCCAGGGAUACACAGACCUAAUGGCCAAGGUCCUCUUGAGCAGUGGAGAGCCCACAAGUGUGGUCAAAGGGAACCUCCUGCUGAUGGAUCAUCACCAGGUCAUUCCUCUGCAGUCUGGUCUACAAGUGACCAUCAAACUCCAGGGUGGGCUGGGACUUGACAUUUCAGCCGACAUGGACGUGGGCAUUUGGGAGCAGGAACUGAAAACCAGCAUCAACACGAGGGGAAGCCUCUCCAUGGAUUUCCAGGCAGAACUAGACUCCCCUUUCCUCCAAGCCACCCUGAGGAGCCAGACAGAGGUGGAGACCUCAAUCCACUUUGACACCACACUGAGGUUUUCCAGCAGCCCCGUGCUCAUGUGCCUGCAGUUGAGAGAGGAGCAGGUCCCGUACAGAGAAAUCUUCACAGUUUCCAAGUCUGCUGGGAGCCAGAGCAGCACCACUCGAAAAGGCAGGCGUGGCACCAUGCCCGGGAGGGAAUUUGCCUUGCACCAAACCAACUCCAAGGUCUGCAAUCUCCUGCUGACACUGGAAAAGGAAUAGGAUAGGCAGGACUGCAGGAAUCAUCUGAGGUCAUUAAAAACACCUUGAAAUUAAAACCCAUACGGGCACAAGCAUUUUAGUGUUUGCAAAGAGCGGUUUUGAGAUUAUCAGGACUCCUAGGACGGAGUGAAAACACUGAAAAUGGAGAAGUUACAGCUCUAACAGGCACACAGAGCUGGAUCUGAAGUCAGCCACACUCAGCUGGGCAACCAAAUGAUUUCAAAGCUGCCAAGGUGUUUUAAAAGUUCUUCAGCCUUGGGUAUUAUUAUUUUUUUAAUGAGGAAUUGGUGGUGCAGCCUUUCCUAUUGGACAAAUAGAGAUGUGGCCACCACAGAGGGCAAAAGAUCCUGUUUGACUGACAUGGUCCCUCCUGGAUGUGAGAAUCUAUCACAGAAGAGUUUGGACCAACAUUACAAAGCUGUUACUUCAAGUAAACAUCCUUCAGGGUAGACAUAAUUCAACCCAAACUGUGAAAGUUAAACAGUGGGAUCACACCUCCAUCCCAUCCUCUUCCUCCUCUUUAUCAAGACCAGCACAUACUAGAUGUGCCUUCUGCUGGUGCCUGCAGACUCAAAACCCAUCAAUCCAGAGGUGACUCCUGCCUGCAGCCUCUCAUCUUCAUUUUUGAUCCAAAGUUUACAUAUUAAUGGAGAAGCCUCUGGCCUCUCUUAUCUCCUGAACAGCAGUUCCCCUUCUUUUUUAAUCGAGGAAGCAGAUGGAGAUAAGAUUCCCUCCACCCUGCAUGGUGGAAGGCAGCGUUCUAGCAACAAAGAGAUACAGCAGCUUCCCUUUUCUGCUGAUAUUUGGGCUCUUUUGGCAACUAUUUAUGAAAAUCACAAUUAGCUUCGAGUAAAUGUUGUUCUUCUGCUUUGCACUCUGCUCUCAAGAUGGAUUGUUGUCAGCCACCACCACCCAACACCUCUCCAGCACUGGAGGGAGGCUCAUGAAGAAAAAGCAGUAUUUCUUCAUUCCUCCCUGAUAAUAAUGUGCAUUUGAAAUAUUUUUAACCCUUUUCUGUGUGUUAUAAAACGUGCUUUUUAGGGAAAAAGAGAGACAUUGAGUAUAUUGUUUAAAUUAUGAGCCUGACACUGUAGCACUGAGUCUCCUGGUUUAGGGGGAGGAAAAUUGUUUGGGUUUCCAUCUGGGGACACUAAUUACCAGUGCUUUG